CGGCGUGCUCUUCCUACGCAGGAGCCAUACCUUGGGCGCUUGCUCGGGAACCAGAAACAUCGACUCAGUCGUAAAAUGUGCACACUGAACGAAUUUUAAGACCUCUGUGAAGCUAAAAUAAAGUAGCUCGUAAACGGGUUUAUGGCCAGUCGUAAGCGACUUUCGAUAUUUUAAAUCAUAAAUUACUGCGUAGUGCAGCAGUUACAAUACGCGAAGAGAAAUUGACGAAAAUAGUACACAUUUCAAAACCGAAAAGGACACAAUUAAAUUCGACCCAGUUUCAACUAAUAAAAUAUCGAAAUUUGUGUCUGGAAUUUGUGCAAGGUUCGUUAUAAAAUCCCAGACGUCGCUGUCUGUAAUUAUUAAUUAGUGCCACGUUGUAACAAGAAGCCGAAAUCGACUUCUCAAGAAUAUUUGGCGGUAUUAACAUUCCAAGAAGAAAGUUCUCGAAUUUCUACAAUGGCUUCACCACAGACAUGCGGCAUUCUGACAGUGAGCGACUCCUGCUUCUCGCACCAAAAAGAGGACACUUCGGGCCCCGCCCUCGAGAAAGCUUUCCGCAAAGCCUUCCCCGACUUCCAAAUCAGCCAAAAGGCCAUCGUCCCCGACGACCUCCAGCAAAUCGUCGAUACGCUCAACAAGUGGGUAUCGGAACACUGCAACGUAAUUCUCACCACCGGUGGAACAGGAUUCUCCCCUCGGGACGUGACCCCGGAAGCCACCCGCGCCGUUAUCGAGCGAGAAGCGCCCGGGGUGACCUACGCCAUGAUCUCGAACAGCCUCCAAAUCACUCCGAUGGCCAUGCUAUCGCGGGCCGUGUGCGGCAUCAAAGACAAGUCCCUCAUCAUCAACCUCCCCGGCAGCGCCAAGGGCUCCGUCGAGUGCUUCUCCUUCGUCCAGGAGUGCAUCCCGCACGCCGUGGCCCUCAUCACCGACCAGACCGACGCGGUCCAGAAGCUCCACAAGAAGGUGCAGAAGCGGGUGCGCUUCAUCGACGGCUGCGGGCCCAGCAAGGUGAUCACCGACAAUGUGGCCGAUCGUCCUCGCGAGUCCACCUACCCCAUGUUCGAGGUUAACGACGCCAAGGACGUGAUCGUGCAGGAAUCGCAGCUGGAGGCCGAGGUUGAGCGGAUAGCCAUUGAGGUCGCCCUCCAUCGGGUUUUAGCGGAAGACGUGCUGUCCUACGACGACGUUCCACCUUUUGACGCGUCUAUUAAGGACGGCUACGCGGUUAGAGCGGCCGAUGGAGAUGGUUUGAGACGCGUCAGGAGAGCCCUGGGAGCUGGAGACGCUCCGGAGGUUAUUCCUUUGCAAGAAGGGGAGGCUGUGAGGAUCGGGACCGGGGCUCCUAUUCCUGCAGGAGCCGACGCCGUAGUCCAGGUGGAGGACACCAGUGUCGUCACGAAGGAGGGUGGCGAGGAAGUUGAAAUUAGUGUGAACAAGAUGCCUGUGAAGGGUCAGGAUAUCAGGCGCUUAGGCUGUGACGUGUCCAAAAAUACCGUUGUUUUAAUGCGCGGUGAGCGCUUGAAGGGUCCCCACAUCGGAGUCUUGGCAGCUGUCGGAAAAUCAACAGUUACAGUCUAUAAGCCGGCGUCCGUGGGUAUUUUCACGACCGGGAACGAAUUGAGAGACCAUUAUGAAGAGUUACAGCCUGGCCAGAUCCGCGACAGCAACCGCUUGGCUCUAAUCAAUCUCCUCAAGGAGUACAACUAUGACUGUGACGACUACGGGAUCAUCAAAGACGAGCCAGAUACCAUCAAAAAGGCCAUCGCCACGGCGCUCACCCUCAACGACGUUCUAAUUACCACGGGGGGAGUGUCGAUGGGGGAGUUUGAUUUCAUCAAGAGAGUGUUGGUUGAUGACUUUGGCGCCACGAUCCACUUCGGCAGGGUCAAUAUGAAACCGGGCAAACCCACCACCUUUGCCACUCUCACGUACGAAGGAUCGAAGAAAAUCGUCUUCGGCUUGCCCGGAAAUCCGGUGUCCGCUUGUGUGACGUGUCUGCUGUUCGUAGUCCCGCUGCUGCGCCACUUGGAGGGCGCGAAUGAGUGGGAGUUUCACACCAUCCCUCACGUUGUGUCGGUUUCGAAGCAGAGCACGGACGCUAGGCCCGAGUAUAUGAGGGUUAUUGUGAGCUACGUUGAUGGGAAAAUCGUUGCCAAGCCGAAUGGGGGGCAGAUCAGCAGCCGCCUGAACAGUCUGGUGGGGGCUAAUGGGUUGAUGUUAAUGCCCGGGUCUAUGUUACCGGGGCGGGAGUAUUUGUCCCAUAUUGUUAUGAUUGGGGGUAUAGUCGAUAUGUGAAUUGUGGUUUGAAUAAAGGUUUUUGGAGAUAUUGAA